GUCGAGACUUCUUGCGAGUUUGCUACAAUGUUUUCCUCGGUCCUUUCUCAAAUUCUGGAAUUCUUGAGGGCCAAGAGAGAGCAAAUACAGCAUAUCAUGGACGAUUUUGAUGUUCACUGCAGUGUAGGGUUUGCGGUGAAGUCUGUUAUCAACUAACUCAGGAACCAGAAGGCGCUACCAGAAGUCACCCCGCCAUGGAUAGUUCACUCUUCGAGCAUGGCGUUUGGACGCGACUGCGACAACUUCCCGGCUAUACCUGGAACGAUUCUAGAGAGCCCUUUCAUUCCAGCUACGGAGCAUGGCAUGUCUUUGGCACCAGACACGUUCGGCGGAGCAUCCCCACAUCGACUGCUUCAACCCCAGCAUCUUCAAACAGUGCGAGAUCAUAUUACGAGUCCAAUGGAUCCAGUUCUCAGCAGCCGGACGAUUUCUUUACUUAUACAGAGUCUCAAGGUGUUGAAAGCACUCACCUGGCAGUUGUGGCUCGUAUUUCUCGCAAUGUCCUUCGUGAGGAGAGAGCGUACCAUACCUGGAAGAGCCUUGCAAAGGCAUAUCCAAACUCCGAGCAUACUGCACCACCGCUCGAGAGAAUGCGUUUCCCAAGUCAAGAUGGCGAAGGAUCCAUCUCUGUGUGUAUCUUCGAAUCCCCAGGUAUAAAUUACCUCUCGAGAUUUAUCGACUACGGACCUGGCAGACUGGGACUUCGAGGAGAUGACCUUUCAGCCUACCGAGAUACCUCCUUUGUUCCAGAACAAAUGCCACUUGAAGCGUUUUUGGACUUCGCCAUUGGAGCGGCAGAAUGUGUUGAGCUUCUGCAUAGCCUCCAAAUUGUGCAUGGCGAAAUUAGGGCGGAUGCCUUUCAUAUGAACUUCGAGACCGGGAAAAUCACUUUGAUUAAUCUUGGCACAGGCCGUCUGAAGACAUUUGAGCAUGGUUUUACGAGCAUCGGGUGGGAAAGAAUGUCUAAAGAUCUCGGUGUAAUGGCUAAGCUGUCCUUUAUGAGCCCUGAGCAGACAGGCCGGAUGCCUUUUGAGCCAGACAGCAGAACGGAUAUAUUUUCUUUGGGGGUAGUCCUGUGGACAAUCAUAUCCAGAAAGCAAGCUUUCGUUGGAGAGUCUCCUAUGGAAGUGAUCCAGGCAGUCUUGGGUAAAUGUCUUCCAUCCGUUUGUGACAUCAGACCGGAUAUUCCAGAUGUGGUUGGUCGCAUCAUCAACAAAGCAACUGCCAAGACAGUUUCGGAACGGUAUCAUUCUGUGAGCGGACUUCGGCACGAUUUCAUGGAAGUUCGAGAAAUCCUCAGAACUGGAAAUUCUCCACAGCUUCUCAAGCUGCAAGUUGGCACCAAAGAUGUUUCCCAAACGUUUAUUUUGUCCCAGACUAUUGUGGGUAGGGCUCAAGAGUAUGGAAGAAUUCUCCAUGUCAUUGAGCGAGCAUCGAAGUUACACGCAAACCAAAAUCGAGGAAACAAUGGCACGAGUCAGCUAUCACGCCUAUCGGAAGAUCAACAUUCGGAUAUGGAAUCUCCAGUUGAGCACGAAAAUUUAUUCAGGGAAAAUGACAAUAUCAGCUCUACUGAUGGGAGGAGCAGUCGUCUUACGAAUUCAGAGGCUGGAACGAGGCAGCUUGGAGUGUACAAAGCAAAUACCGGUAUCUCGCGAGCGAACUCUAGAUCUCUCGAAGCUGCCCCGGUGCCAAAUCUCCCAAUCCUUGAUCUGAGCUUGCUGGGGAGGAGAAUGUCACUGGCAGUAGAUUUUCCUAGUUCUGGCGCCAGUGUAAACGAAGACUCCGUAUCCGGUAGUGAGAAUGUGGCUGGCAUUAAUUUGAGACUGAAAAACAUUGGAACGCCGCUGAAGGGGCGCUGUGAAAUGAUCACGAUAGCAGGACCAUUAGGAUUAGGCAAAUCUCGCCUUUUGCAAUCUGUCCAGGCUGAAGCAAGGCAGCGAGGCUAUUACGCCAGCGCAAAGUUCCAUGACGGGCAAGGAGAAAGGAGGCCAUUCGAUUCGUUCUUGAAACUUGUGUCGAAUUUGUUCCAACAAGUAUUUUCGGAAACGAAUAUCGACCCGGUCUUGCACCAAGCACUGAGUCGACGGGUGGCUUCUAUCUGGCCAGUCUUACACAAAGGCCUUAGACUUCCCGAAUUUCUCUUCAGUAGCAUCAAACUGCCGCUGCGGAUGACAAAUCACUCAAAGACUCAAUAUCAUAGUCCCGGGAGGCGCGACUCGUCGCCGAGGAGUGUCGGCUCGGACAGUAUUUUGACCCAGCAGAGCCUGGGUGCUCAAACGGCUCAAAACAUCCUUCGUCCGGGAUUCUCUCCACAAUCCAUGUCGACGAUGCGCACAAUAUUGGAUAUCCUGCGAAUAUUUGCUACGCACAAAUUUGUUUGUCUCGGGCUCGAUGAUGUGCACUUAGCAGAUGGCGAGUCAAUGAAUUUGAUUGGUCAAAUAAUAUCCACAAGAAUAAAUCUAGUACUCAUUGUAGCCUACAGGCCCGAAGGAAUUGUGUCCAAUCAAUUACGAAAGGUUCUGAAAGCCGAGGAAACGAAAGGUACUCGUAGGAAUGAAGGAACGUUGAGCGUCACACAUGUGCCCCUCAGACAGUUCGAGGAACUGGAAACGAUAGAAUAUGUAGCAGCAACCCUUUGCCGGUCGAAGGCAGAUGUAUCAUCACUCGGUGCCACGAUACACUCAAGAACUGGAGGGAAUCCAUUUCAUGUGAAGGAGACUCUGAACAGCUUUCACUGCAACAAAGACAUCUGGUAUGACUUUCGAGAAGGGGGAUGGAUGUUCAAUCUAAGCUCGAUCCUAGAGCAAGUCAAUGAAGACGAAGCUACGGGAGCUCGAGAGGACGAGCUUGUACUAAGUCGAAUCAACAAUCUGUCUCCAUCUUCAGGAUCAAUUCUGAGUUGGGCCUCAAUGCUCGGAUCGUCGUUCUCAUUUCAAUUGGUACAGCAGCUUUCGAGUAGCAAGUUUGCCCCCAACGAGCUAUGUUUAUCAGAGCAUGAAGCCAUGAUCGGUCUCCACGCAGCUCUUCAAGCUUUUAUAAUUGCUCCCACGGAUGACGAAGACGUAUUUCGAUUCUCUCACGGUCGCUACGUCAGAGCUGCUUCAUCACUGAAGAAAGAAUACGAGAACCAGAUGCACUUCGUUGUUGCUCACAUUCUGAGCAGUCUCUACUCACUCGACCCCCAGUACCGGAGUAUUGCAGUUGGCUCAAUAUGUCAAUCUCUGGCUACAAUCAAGAGUUCGAUGGCCACAAGAAAGCAAUUUCGAGUUGCUGCGUUGAAAUAUGCCCAAGCUGCAUGUGAAGGCGGGGUCCGGUCAGCAGCUGUGAAGGCAUACGCAGCCUGCAUAGCCCUCCUCCAGAAUGACCCCUGGGACAACGAAGCUGGAGAUGUGUCAUAUGAAGAAACGCUGCAAAUCUACACAGGUGCAGCCGAGUGCUACUUGUACUGCAGAAGGUACCCGGAAGCCAAGCAAAUUAUCCAUUCUGUAAUACUGAACGCCAGGACAGCCAUCGACAAAGUAAGCUGCUGGGUACUUCAGUCACGGACAUUUUCGCAGGAAGGAGAUUCUGCCAGUGCUUUUCAGUCUUUGAAACAAUGUCUUACUGCUCUCAAAGUUGUGGUUGACCCGAACCCCAGUUUCGAAAAAUGUGAUAUGGAGUUCCAACGUUUGCGUCAAGUGAUGAGGGCAUCAGAGGCCAAUGGAAUUGUUUGGAGCCCUACUAUGGAAGACGAAACCAGUCUUACUGCAGUUGGUGCUGUCCUUCUUGAAGCAUGCAGCGCCGCAUUCUGGUCAGACACCCUAACCAUUUACCAAAUGACUUUGAUCCUGAUAAACACUUAUCUUACCUCGGGCAGCUUUCCUCAAUCAGGCAUGGGUUUCUUGUUACUGGGCGUGAUCGCGUUGACCAGGCACAAUAUGGCCAAUUUCGCAAGCGAGUGUGGAAGCAUUGCACUCGACCUCUUUGAUCGCUGGAAAGAUCCUUACACUGUCGGGCGGGGUGGAGCUAUCUAUCCGAUGUUCUUGGGGCACAUCCAGAACAGCCUUCAUAAUUCGCUCGAUCAGCUUGAAGGAACUCUGGAAUAUGCCAUUCAGGCAGGAGACAGGAGAUCGAUCAUCUUGAACUACGGGUUUGUGGCAAGCCUGAGAUUCUUUGUGUCCGAAAACCUUGUAGAACUAGAACACUUCUGCACAUACGCCUGCCAGGACAUCCCUGACUGGCAAUUGGACACACCUGGCGGCAACAUGAUACUAGCCAUCCGCCAAGUCUCUCGAGCUUUACGAGGAAAAACCUACACUGACGAUCCAUUGGGAGUGAUGACGGACGAACAUCACUCCUCCCCAGGAUAUAAAUCCUGGCUGAUAAACAACGUCAAGAACUGGGACAGACCCCUGAUGCUUUACGAAAGUAUUGAAAUAGCACCACUUUUCCUUUACGGUCACUUUUCCAGCGCCGUUGCAUUAGGGAAUUCUGGUUUAAAGAAGAUCGCAGCAAUAUGGUCCGCAAGAAAUACUAGAUUUCUUAUGUUUUUCCAUGCACUCUCCCUGGCUGGUUCCCUCUGGCCCAGAAUCCAAGAGCAACGUACGCCUGAGUACCGCAAACAGUCUCCUCAACUAUCUUCAGACGUCGAUGGCUGCUCCUUGGAGACUGCGCUUGAAGAUGAAAUCUCGGGGACAAAGACCAUUAUGAAGUACCUCAAGCGGAAAAUUGAACAGUGGCAGGAAGUGACCAAUGUGAACUACCUCGCCUGGUCUGAAAUCCUGGCCGCCCAGAUUGCCGAAAUGGAGGACAGCUAUCCCGCCACCUUGCACCAUUACGAUGCGGCAAUUGACCAUGCAUCGGCUCACAGUUUCCAUUUCGAAGAAGCACUUGCGAACAGUCUUUUGGGUGAACAUCUUGGUCGAAUGGGAUCCAGAAGACUUGCAAAGAUGGCACUUCGUGAAGCGGUUUCUCUAUACCGUAGAAUUGAUGCUACGGGAGUGGCGAGCUAUUUACAGAAGAAGCAUCAUGACAUUUUCCAAGCACCUUUCAAUCAUCAUUCGACAGCUGAAGUAGGCGUUCAAACCGAUCAUGAUGAGCACUCUGGCCCUCUCGGACCUCAUCCGGAUGAAUUUGAAGAGGAUGAGCCAAUUCGCCACACGUUGGAGAAAAACGAUCUAGUCGCUGAUAAAGUCGACUUGUGGCGCGAAAGCUCAGCUCUUAUUGACAUGGGCUCCGGCCCGGCUCUCCACAUCUUGGAUAUGACAUCCAUUCUCGAAAGCUCUCAAGUCAUCUCAAGCGUUCUUCAAAUAGAUCAACUUCUGAAAACGAUGUGUGAGAUUAUCUUGCAGAAUUGUAAAGGCGUUGCCACGCUUGCUGCCAUCGUUAUCGAGGAUAAUUCCACCGGCUGGGGUAUAGCAGCAAGUGGGCUUGCUGAGGAAGGAUCUCAGGCUCAUAGUCCAAUAUUGCCACUUAGAAACUCCUCUCUCGUUGUUGAGAGUGUUAUCAAUUACUGCUCACGAUUUCGCGAGAGGGUGUUCCUGCCAGAUUUGACGCAAGACCAACAGUUCAGUAAUGUCAACAAAUACUGGGCUACUAGAAACCCAGACAGCAAGUCAGUUGUGGCUAUUCCGAUAUGCCAUGGCGAUGGUGAGAAUCCACUUCUUGGUGUGGUCUACCUUGAAGGUCCACCGAAUUCGUUCACGAAUCGUAACCUGGAAGUGCUACAGCUACUUGUAAACCAAAUCGGGAUCAGCUACUUCAAUUCGCUGACGCUAAAAGAAGUCGAACGCAUCUCCUCGCUUAACAAAUCGAUGGUCGAAGUCCAGAAGAAGGCAUUAGCUGAAGCAAUCGCUGCGAAGAAUAGUGCUGAUGCCGCGAGAAAAGAAGCCUUUCGAAGCGCAAAGGCCGCCGAAGAGGCUGCUAAGCUUGCUGAAGAGGCUGCAAAAGCAAAAUCUACAUUCCUCGCGAACAUAUCUCACGAGCUUCGAACCCCACUCAACGGGGUAAUUGGGAAUUCCGAACUCCUUCUUAUUGAUAAUCAACUCCAAGAACAUCACGCUGAAAUGGCUGAUUCGAUUCAGGUCUCAGCCAACUUGCUGCUGAGCCUCAUUAACGACAUUCUUGAUUUUUCGAAGAUCGAAGCACAUCAGAUGCAGCUCCACCUGACGUCUUUCUUCGUUCAUGAGAUGGUUGAGGAAAUGGUCCGCUCGAUCCCUGCAGCCAGAAAGCAGCUGAAAGCUCCUGCCGUUCAGAUUAUACAGGAAUUCACUCUACCGAAUGCAAUGGUAUACGGGGAUCCUGUCCGGUUACACCAAAUCUUAGGAAAUCUCGUGAGCAACAGUCUGAAAUUCACGAAGACAGGCUCAAUCACCAUCGGAGCUAAGGCGGAAUGGGAGACAGAAUCAGCAACACACCUUAGCUUCUGGAUUGAGGAUACAGGGAUCGGAAUCCCAGCUGAGCAGAUUCACAAACUGUUCAAACCUUUCAGCCAGGCUGAUACAAGCACUUCUCGCAAGUACGGUGGAAGUGGUCUUGGCCUGAGUAUUUGCAAAUCCCUUGUCGAGUCUAUGGGGGGCAGCAUCAAGCUGAAAAGUACUGAGAACGUGGGCACAAUUGUCUUCUUCUCACUGACGCUGCCCAAAGCAAACUCUGCAACUGAUCAUGGCAUAAACAAUAAUGUGAGAUCCAGGUCGGUUUCUGCUGUCACAAGCCCGACUGAGCAUCACGACUUCUUAGAUCUUCCACCAAGCGAUAUUCGUAUUUGUAUUGCGGAAGAUAAUCUAGUCAACCAGAAAGUCGCGUUACAAUUCCUCAAGAAGCUCGAUUUCAAAGGUGUCGACACCUACUCAAAUGGUCUUGAAGCGGUAGAAGGAAUCAGGAAGAUGGCGAAAGAAGGACAUCCGUAUCACAUGAUAUUAAUGGACGUGCAAAUGCCAGUCUUGGAUGGUUACGAAGCUACAAAACUUCUUCGAAAAGACUCUAAUAGUGUUGUUCGAGGUAUUCUGGUCAUUGCUUUGACUGCAUCUGCUAUUGAAGGAGAUCGAGAGAAGUGUAUUGAGUCGGGUAUGAAUGAUUAUCUGGCGAAGCCGGUCAGGCUGGCUUUACUGAAGAAAAAGUUCAGGGAAUAUAUGCACAUAGAAUAGAGAUAAUUAUAUUCGAAUAAAA